AUGUUGAGUAAAACAAAGAGUCGGAAUAGGUUGCUGUUGUCGAAUCACAAAUCAAAUACCGGCGGGUCGGCAACUCGGGACGAGCUCUUGCGGCUAAAGUAUCUGAUGAUCAAGCCCGAUUUAUCGGUGUAUACCCUAGAUGAUACUACAACCACUGUUGUUUCGACUCCACGAACGGCCACAGAACCGAAAAUAACAACCGAACCAACGUAUCCUGAUUUCACACCAUGGAAAGAUUUCACUCAAGUCUCCGAACAGAAAGAAUCAACAGGAACUGAAACUAAAACUGGAACUGGAACUGGAACUGGAACUGGAUCCAUUGAUCAAUCCCGAUCCCAAGUACCUCCAUCAGGUGAAGCAGCAGAAAAGGAACAUGUAUAUUUUAAUAAGGGGUAUGCAGAGGCCCCGCAGGUUAACAAUGAAUACUACUCGGCCAGGAACCUUUUACAAAGUACACUUUUAAAGUCAAACGAUAAUUGUAAUACAGUAAUAUCAGAGCUAUCGCAGCAUUUGACAAAUUCGUUUAGAUCAAGAAACGAGGUAAUUAAUAGGAUAAAAAGCGACUCGGCCCACUUUCGGCUACCUCAGAGAGUAACUCUUACCGCAGCAAAGCGGGAUAUGUGGCUCACUGAGUUGAGUAAUCCCAAUAUUCCAUUGCAAAAGAUAGGAGAAAAAAUCCCACACGGUAUGAAAAACAAGACGUUAAUUGAUGCAGUAAUUACAAAAAAGAUUCCAAUUGAUAGAGCGUUGUGGCUUACAAAGUGCAUUUUAUAUGGAGAAAUCAUUGCAUUGAGGCGAAAAAUUCAAAGUCGGCUAAAUUUAAACGGUGGAGGUAAUGGCAGUGUCAGUGGAAAUACUGGUAUGGGUGUUGGCUCAUCUGCUCUUGCAUCAGAGUGGACAGUGUUUGAAAAGUAUGAAAUCCACUGGUUUCACGACUGGACUCAACAAGUGACGGAAUAUAUAUUCAAAUUUUCCAAAGAGAUGAAUAGUAUCACCAAUCAUGAAUAUAAGGGUGUCUAUAUGAGCAGAUUAAGCUACUUGUUGGAUUAUGUGCAACACUUGUAUAUUGAAGCCUUAGUUGAUCCAUCCUACUUUCAAAUACAAAUUUUGAAGCCAUUUAGAGACAACAUUCCAAAAGAUAAAAAACUACUUGAAAGCAUCACGAUAAAUACCAAUCAAGAUGACGACGAAGCAGACAAUUGCGAAGAUGGACAAGAUGAAAAAGAAGUACACGAUGCAAGUGAUCGACAAAGAGCCCUCGUUAAGGUAGAUUUUUCUCAGACUUUAUUUGCAUUGACAUUAUUGAAAAUAUUCUGGAAAGAUCUUCUACAGCAUGAAAAUGUUAUUAAGGAGGUGGCGGAAUUGCUUUUAUUAAACUAUAUGAUCAUUGCAAACCUGGUGCUUAUAACCGGCAUACGUUUGCCGCAAACCCUUGGGUCCAAGUUGACUGGCUCCAUAAAAGAUCUUAUCGUAUACUUGUUUAAGCACGAUGUGAAUAUCUUUGUCAUUCCUGAGUCGUGGCAUCAUGUGGAAAGUUUAUUAAACGAGAUUCUUCUUCUGCAUCUGGAGGCAUGCACUUUGGAGCAGAAAGGAAAACUUUUGAAACAGCUCGAUUUAAUAAAGUUUAGAAAUGAAAGCCUCGUACUCAACACAAAAGGUGAAACUGGUUCUGCAAGUGGAAGUGGAAGUGAAGGUGAAGGUGUACUUGGGAAUGACACACAUAGCCCGAAGGACGGUGCAAGUUUGUUGACCACUAAUAUUAGACAUAAACGCGAGAGUUCCAGCAAUGCAGCUUUAAUUAUUAACAACUUGGACAAUGGUCGUCUCAACGAUAAAAUGGCAGAAAUGUUUUUACCUUACAACAAUGGUAACGUCACGGUGGCCGAAUCUAGUUUUACCUGGAAACAAAACCUCUCUAUUUUAAUUGUUUGGUGUUGUACCAAAUGGCGGAGUAGGUCCAAUAAGAGCGAAGAGAUUCAAAUUGCGUGUUCAUUUUUGGAAAAAUCUAUUUCAAAAAUUGGCUUGGAUAGAUAUCAAAGGAACGAGUUGGAAAAUGAGAUUUUGGAAAACAUUUUUGCAUUAAUCGAUGACAAAGAGGAGUUGAUAUUCAUUGAUCAGAGCCAAUUAUACUGUUUGAUCAAUGAGCUCUAUCGAGCCAAAAUUUGUUCAGUUUCAUCUUAUAUGCGAAAACUAAUUUCUUCAGGUGUCUUAUCGUCUCCCGAACUAUUUAGUGAUGAUGAACAAAUACCAAUGGUGAUUCAAGCGCAUUUGAACAUAUUGCAAUGUUUACCUGUUGAGAAUAAUAGGCAGCGCAACAACCUAUUGAAGAAAUGGAGAUGCGGUACCUUGGAGCCGGAAAAAUUACAAGAAACUAAACAAUUAUUUGCUUUGAAUUUUAUCGAUCGAAUUGCAAAAAAUGAGGAUAUCUUAUCUCAUAUAAUUGACUUAUCUAAUGCUGUUACACAUUUAACAUAUGGUUCAAAAAUACAAUUGACUAAUUGGUUUGCAAAGGAAUUGAAUGCCGUUUUUAAACGAACUACAAAAUUGAUUCGUUUAUCUCCAACGAUUGUUUAUGCCAUGUAUCUAUUGCACAAGGAUUGUAAUAAUCUUUUGGCCUUUUUCAAGUUUGUGGUGCCUACAAUUUUGAAAAAUGAGAGCGGCAUCAUUUUUUUGCACCAUAACGCGCUAUACCUUGUGGCUAGGCUAGUUAUGAAACAUUUUAGAUUGAUUAAGCAGUUUUCCAGUUCUUCAGAAACCUCAGCAUUGACUUUGUUUCUGCUAAUUCUACAAAAUUACCGCGAAGCAGAAGAGUAUAGUAGCUAUUAUAACUUUGAGCAGGUAUGGAACUUUAUGGAUCAUGCAAUUAGCAGAACGAACGCCAAACUGAAUCUGGUUCUGAACCAAGAUCAUAAUCAAAAGAGACGCAAAGUUGACAAUAAUAGUAUUGGCACUAAUGAUUCUGUUCAAAGUGUGCCUCCUACGGUGCGUUCAACAUCCGAAUUUCCGGACACUCCAAUGCGUAUAAACGUUGAAGAUAUAUCGAAUACAACCAUGGUUAAUGCAAACGCUGGGUCUCAAACUAUUAACACAGCUGAUGAUUUUUUCGAAAGUCUCGCGAACCUACGUCGUCUCUCGUCAAAUUACCAUUUGGAAAAUGAUUCUGCAAGUUUCUCUUCUCAACAUUUGAGCUUGAGUGUGGAUGUGCUUUUGGAGUCAUGGAUAUUACAAAACUCGCCAAAUUCGAAGGAUUAUAAUGUGCCAGCAAAAGAAAAAGAGGAGAAAGAAAUUCAGACCGUUCAACUUUUAAAAUUGAAGUUGGCUAAUGAAAGUGCCAGUGAUGAAGACAACAGCAAUGCCAACAGCAAUGCCAACAACAAUGCCAACAACAAUGCCAACAACAAUGCCAACAACAAUGCCAACAACAAUGCCAACAACAAUGCCAACAACAAUGCCAACAACAAAAGUGUAGUCAAUCUGAAGGAAAAUAUAAUUUUCAAAAUGAAGAACUUACUCAAUCAAGUGGACAAUUCUGAGCAACGAUGUGCCAUGUUGAAGAAGCUAGUGAUAUAUGAUAUUGUGAGUGUGGGCGAUAUUAUCAAAAUUAUGUUUUCGUUGGAUAAAGCGUUCAGUAUAAAUUACAAGCUUUUCAAUUCAAUGUUGUUAAAUUCUGGUUCUGGCUCUAGUUCUGGUUAUGAAAAUAACUUAUAUUCAAACUUCAAUUCAGAUAGGAAUCAAUUCAUUUCGCCAAUACAGCAAGAACUUUUUGAUAUUGCAGUUGGCUUCUACAAACGGAAGAAUAGAAAAGAGUUUUUCCACCUCAUUUUAAAAAGCUUGACAAGCGAUGGUCCACUAUUCACAAAUGAUUUGAUGAUUAAUCAUGAAUUUGUCACUUUAGAAUACCUUCGCGAUAUACUUGCAAGAGAUGCGUCAUUUUUGAACGAAUCUCUUUUUGCCCAAUUAAGUAGAGACGAUUCUAUCGAGUUGUUAAACUUGUUGCUUGGUAGAAAUAACAAUAAUUACAUUUUAAGUUUAGAAGGUUUUGAAAAUGAAAUUCGUCAUUUAAACGAAUUUAAUAUUGGUGGUUACCAGAUAUUGGUUGCUUUGUUGUCCAAGUUGCUUGACGUAGUUGACUUAUCUGUGAGAAAGUUGCGAUGGGAACAAUUUGUUGCUGCCAUGCUCAAUUGCUCAGAAGACUUUCAAAAAUCAUCAAGUAACACUGAUGUUGAUUACAAUGACGAACGAAUCAAGACGGCAUUCAAAUUGUUUGAAUUUGUUUCUUGGGAUCAAAAGGCUAUUUUGCUUGAAGUAUUUGAAGAAGUUUUUUUGUCACAAGGAAAUGAUGCGCGUGGCGAGAAUCAAGGAGUAGUUAUGCUUUCGAAACCCCGCUUAUUGGGCAUUGAUCUGUUUUUUACUAAUUUCAUUUACAAUUCAAGCCAUAAAGUUGGCAUUUCAGAACAUCUUAUCAACUCAAUUUCAAAUUUUGUCAAAAGCAUGUUGUCCACGCUAGAUAUUGCAAAGUCCGAAGUGGUGUUGGGAGAUCGAUCUAGAGAAUACCUACUUGCAACGUUGUUCAAAAUUUUAAUCAUUCAUAGAGAGUCAUUGUGCAAUACUCUUUCAUCUUCCUUGUCUUCUUCAUUAUCAAUAUCAUCAUCGUCACCAUCAGUCUUAUCAUCAACAUCAUCACCAUCUUCCAUUAGUGGUGGCACGUGCGAAACUUUAGUGGGGAAUUUGAUUGAAAUGUUGCUGGCAAGGUACCUUGCCGAACCCAAUAACAAAUGGAAGGUCUUGCUUUUUGAUAUGCUUUCAUUGAUGAAACUGUCGAUCUCGACGAGAAGAAACUCAAUCACAAAUAUUGAUUUCGCAACUUCACCCAAUCUGGGAAGUACACCCAAUGAAUUUCAUCCUGUUGCUACAUCUAAUGUAACCACCACUGUGAGUGCACAAAUCGGUACUUUAUUUGAGUUGCCAAAGAUGAAAGAUGUUAAUGAGCUCAAAAGUGAACUAGACGAUGACAUGAUAAGAUCCAUUAUUAUGCUUGAUCUAGAAGAGCUUAAAUAUGGCGGCGAUGUAAGCACUUUCAAUGAUCCUAGUUUGGUCAUCGACUCUACCCGAAGAGAUGUUUUUGCAAUGUCGCCUUUUGUUAGUAAUUUAUUAUCAGUCAACAAGAGCGGAGAUUAUCAAAAAACUAGUAAUGGCAUUGAUAUCAAGCCAUUCCAAAUGAAGAGCUAUGAAAUUAUCGAGGAUAUUACUGUUUCUACUGUGAAUGAUGCGUGUUUGAACUUGCUGCUCUUUGAUUCUUAUCUAACCAGAGAAAAUCCUGUGUGA